CCAGAGAUAAAAUCCUUGAUGAAACCUGAUUCCAACUUAAUAUGGAUUAUUAUUAUGAUGGUUAUCACACAGUUGGUUGCAUUUUACUUAGUAAAAGACUUGGACUGGAAAUGGGUCAUAUUUUGGGCCUACAUCUUCGGCAGCUGCAUUAACCACUCAAUGACUCUGGCUAUUCAUGAGAUUUCCCACAAUUUUGCCUUUGGCCACCACAAGGCCCUGUGGAAUCGCUGGUUUGGAAUGUUUGCCAAUCUUCCUAUUGGGGUUCCAUAUUCGAUUUCCUUUAAGAGGUAUCACAUGGAUCAUCGUCGCUAUCUUGGAGCUGACGGCAUCGAUGUGGAUAUUCCUACUGACUUUGAGGGCUGGUUCUUCUGUACCACUUUCAGAAAGUUUAUAUGGGUUCUUCUUCAACUUCUCUUUUAUGCUUUUCGACCUCUGCUCAUCAACCCCAAACCAAUUUCUUACCUGGAAAUUAUCAAUACUGUGGCCCAGAUCACUUUUGACAUCAUAGUUUACUACUUUUUGGGAAUUAAAUCUUUAGUCUACAUGUUGGCAGCAUCCCUGCUUGGUCUGGGUUUGCACCCGAUUUCUGGACACUUCAUAGCUGAACAUUACAUGUUCUUAAAGGGGCAUGAAACUUACUCGUAUUAUGGGCCUCUGAAUUUACUUACCUUCAAUGUGGGUUACCACAAUGAACAUCAUGACUUCCCCAAUGUUCCUGGAAAAAACCUCCCACUGGUGAGGAAAAUAGCAGCUGAGUACUAUGACAACCUCCCCCACUACAACUCGUGGGUGAGAGUUCUGUAUGAUUUUGUGAUGGAUGACACAAUAAGUCCCUACUCAAGAAUGAAGAGGCAUCCAAAAGGGAAGGAGGUACUGGAGUAAAUAUCACCGUGCCCAAAGACAUUCCUCUCUGAAGCUUUUAAAAUAGCUGAUAAAGUGGAAUUUUGCAUGAUGAAACUGAA